CAACACGGAAGUCCUUUUUUAGGCGCCAAUUUUGUUGUCGUUCAAAAUACUCUGCCCGGGUGUCGCCGUCUGACUCGUAGAUUCACUCAUCUACAGUGGAAUUAGUGGAUGCUUUUUGAAACGCCGACAUGAGUGAAAACACAUUCCCCAUUUACAAGGUCGAUGCCAUCGUCUUAUUUUUCCGGACCGAGGUGCUCACGGCGCAGGAGGCGAAGCACUUCACCAAGGCGGACCUGCUGCCCUCUCCCAAGCCCGAGGUGGUCCAGAGGUUGUACAUGAGGAUACUGCAAGUGUUGUACCGCUUCAGGCCCGAGUGUCACAACAUGGUUCCGCUGAUGGAGAAUAUCCAGAAUCCGGCCUAUCAUGAGGUGACCACAUCGAUCAUGAGGAUCUACCUGCUCAUGCGUCAGGUCGUGGCCAUGUGCUUCGUCAAAGAGUUCUCUCUGAAUGACCUGCUGGCACCAAAGGCCAAGAAGACCAUGUCGAUCCUCAGUGGGAUCAUGAACUUCAUCUACUUCAGGAAGAUGAGGAUGCAGAUAUCCCAGGAGCACGUGGCCAGAUUUAGAGUCGACAUGGAUAGGUUGCAGACUUGUACCCGAGGCAUAAAAGAGGCGGAGAAGAAGAUCGAAAUUCUAACCACCAUCCCCCCGGAGAUGCAGGCAGAGGACAGGGAGCUGUCGGCCGCCCUCUCGGCGCUCCAGGCCACCAGCACCCAGGAGUACCAGGAAGCGAACGUGCUGAACGAAACCGUCGCAGAGUGGAAAACCAAGAUAGCCGAGCAGACUCAGAAAGUGGCCCACACCAAGGUGGAGGUCAGCACCCUGAAGGAGGAAAUCAUCCGGCUGCGCUCUGGGGUCUUGGAGUCGCCUGAGGAUCUGAAGAACCUCAUGGAGAAGAUGAGGGAUAACCUGCGCGUCAUCAAGACCUCCAUCAAGGCGGCUGAUGUGCGGCUGGUGGAGCUCCAGAACACGGUGCAGGGCCUGGACCAGAGCGGGGGGGAGAUCCAGACGAUGUACGGCCUGCUGCAGGACCUGCAGAGCGCGCUGGGCGUCAGCAAGCAGCUCAACGAGGAGCUGCAGGAGCUGCUUGCGCAGAACGAGAAGCUGAAGAAGCAGCUGAAGAACCUGAGCACGGAGGAGGUGCAGAUGAAGAGGGCCGAGGGCAUGAAGAUGGACAAGGCCUCCAAGCGCUACAUCCGCCGGCAGAAGGACAAGGAGAGCAAGCACCUCCAUGUUCAGGACGUCCUGGGGCAAUGCGACCAGGUGCAGCAGAAGCGUGAGGAGAAGGCGGAGCAGAUCGAAGAGAUCACACGAGACACCAUGCGGCUCCGGGCCAAGAUGCAGAACCUGAGGGACGUCUGCGGCCAGACCACGGCCAAGGCACAGGAGCUGUUCGACAUGAUCCAGGCCUCCCUGCGCAACCUCCACAAGGGGAUAGAGAAGCGCUUUGCGGAGGUCAACGUGGAGCCGGAGAACGUGGCGGCGAUCUUCUAGACCUCUGCCUGUUGUUUGGUGAUGAUCUCCUCUCUCCCCCCCCCCACACACCGACAACGCCUUCACCACACCCUCUCUGCUUGGCCUUGUGAAUAUUUAUAUGUUUGUGGAACGUUGUUACUCUGCGUUUCUUUGUCCAACUUUCUGUAUUGGACUUCUAUGUUGCAUGUUCUAUGUAGUGUUUACUAAUAUUAUCAUCAGCACAGUUUCGGUUCUCUGAUGUAUGUUUGAUGUUGUGAAAUAAAUGUAUGUACUUGAUGUAA